AUGGCCCCCCUCGCCACCGCCGCCGUCGACCCGCACUCCGCGCCCCUCGCCGACUUCUUCUGGAUCGCCGGCGUCGACGGCUCCGAGAUCAUCGACAUCUUCCGCAAGCUGGGCGACGAGUACUCCUCCCCGUCCCUGCCCAUCGCCGACACCAUUGAGGAAGAUGCCGCCGCCGAGGAGGCCGAGCACGCUGCCCGCCGUGCCCUGCCGCCCGACGCCCACCGCCUGUCCUUCCAGUCCUUCGCCGCCGCUGACACCUCCCCCGAUACCAACGGCACCACCCACAGCAACCGCAGCAGCAUGACCAUCAAGCCCGCCGCCCCCAACCGCGUCGCCCUGCUCAACGACGUCGACUUCGACAACGCCCUGCGCAAAUUCGCCGCCGAGCGCGACUCCUUCCUGUCCGACCUGAACCUCAGCGCCGGCGCCGUCGUCACCCCCAAGCCUGCCCGGCCCCGCCCGCGCACCCAGAAGAUCGUGCCCGAAGACAUGAGCCCCAACCCCCUGAAGUCCAGCAUCGGCAGCGUGCGACGGCACAUGUCCUUCCGCGACAUGACCAGCCUGAAGCGCCAGCCGUCCCUGGCCCGUCAAGGUGAGUACUCCUACGCCCAGGUCUGCAGACGUGGCGGGCUAACGCUCACUGUCCCUCCUCCUCCUCCUCCAGCGUCCAUUCGCACCUCCCGCCGCCUGAGCAACUACAAUUCCGUCAUCCCCACCCCCCAGCCCCUGGAGGUCACCCCCAACAUGCACCCGCUCAAGCGCCGCUUCGAGCCCGUCCUCCUCGACCGCUACCCCCCCAAGGGCGCCCCCGACGAGGGCCAGCGCCGCGGCAAGUUCCCCGACUACGUGCCCAUGUUCGCCUUCCCCAAUGAUAUCAACAUCGUCUCGUCCGACCAGCGCCCGCGAUCCACCUGGCACGGCUUCGCCAUGACCGGCGGCGACGGCUCGAAGCUGCACGGCGUGUGUGUCGUCAUCUGGAUCCCGCUCAGCAACCGCGCCGCCGAGGAGCUCGAGAAGCGCUGCGAGGAGUGGCGCCGCGACAACAUGACCGAGGAGGAGCGCGAGCUGGCCGCCAGCCUGGGCGAGCGCCUCGGCUCCGAGCGCGCAAAGCUCUCGCGCCUGCUCGCCCAGCUGCCCACCGUGCCCUCCGGCUCGGCCGCCCGCGACCAGCUCGAGGACGAAAUCAGCGCCGUCGAGGAGAAGAUCGGCCUCAUGGCCGACCUCCUGCGGCCCGUGCGUCACGGCGCCGCCUCCAAGAUCGACGGCCUGACCGACGGCGACACCGGCUUCUGGAUCCCCCGGGCCUACGGCAUCAUGGGCCGCGAUGCCUCCAUGACCACCUUCUGGAAGGAGUGGCUGCGCGCCAUCACCGUGCCCAUGAUGGACGGCGCCGUGUCAAGGGUUCCGCCGACCUCGCCGCGAGUCGGCCGCUGGCAGCCGCUGGAGCGAUAUGUCGUGAAUCUGUGCGUCGAGGCCUUUAGCCCGCUGUCGUCCAAGACUCAGGUCGAGAUCUCGGUUCGAGAGCUGCGCCUGUUUGCUCGCAAGGAGGCCGCGAAUGAGCUGCCCAGUGCCCGCAAUUACCUACUCGCCGAAUCCCGCAUCAUCCUCCUCUCGUCCCAUACUGCGAUGCUGAAUCUUGUCAGCAGAGCCAUCACAGAACUCCUUUUCCCGUUCCAAUGGACCGGCGUGUUCAUUCCUAUUCUCCCCGCCCGCCUCCUGCAAGCCGUAGAAGCACCAUGCCCGUAUAUCGUCGGCGUGGAGCGCCGAUAUGAAAAUUUGGAGCUGCCCUCCGACGACUUCGUUCUUGUCGACCUCGACCAGGAUGUCAUCGAGAGCACUCAAAGACCCACCCCGCUGCCUCGCCAUCAACGCCGGAAAUUGCAGUCUCUCCUCCAACUCGCCGCUCCGCUGUACCGGUUCGGUGUGCGGCCUGGCCCGCCCGCCUACGCCAUUGAAACGUACCCCUUUGACGCCAUGGGCGCCGAAACCCCAUCCCUCUAUUCCCCCAAGGCGCCUCCCACCCACCUCUCAAAAUACGUCAACUUGAGCUCCGGCUCCUUCGGCCAAGACGCAUACGUUGCGCCGCCGCCGCCCGUUUUCAACGUCUUUUCAAUCGCCCAUACCGACCUGGCGUACUCCCGCGGCAACGAUCGGCCGACCACCAGCUCGCGCUCAAAGGCCAGCACGCCGCCGUCUCCCCGGACGUCGCCCACGUCGAGCAAAUUCCCGCCGCUGCCGACGACGCCGGUGUCCCGAAACGACUCCGGGUUCGCCCUGCAAGCGUCCCUUCGCGAGAAGCGCUCGGCGCAUUUCGACACCGCCUCCCGACGAAGCUCGUCCAUGGCCGUCGAUCGACGACCCGGCGUCUCGCGACGGCCCAGCGUGCCCUUCCUCGGCCACUCGUACAACCUGUCCGUGUCGACGACGGGCAACGAGUACAACGCCUCGGUGUACGCGCCGUCCGUGUACGCGCAGUCGACCAUCGCGGCGUCGACAAUCAUGCCGCACGCGUUCCCGCAGCCGAUGCGCAACCCGGUGGGCAGCACGCUGGUCGAGGCGCACUGCCUGCAGCUACAGCAGCAGCAGCAGGUCGACGCGGCGGGCGUGUGCACGAUCUGCGACGAGAAGGCCGAGGACGCCAUGUACCGGUGCUCGGGCUGCAAGCUGGUGGUGCACGGCCGGUGCGCGGCGCACAUCUGCCUGCCGUGCGGCGUGGCGUUCCACCCCAACCAGAUCCGCGCGGCGUUCGUGCGCUGCUUCGCCAGCCUGCUGUACACGUACAAGAAGUUCAUGCGCCCCGCCACCGGCGAUAAGAAGAAGGCCGGCCUGACCAAUAGUUUCCAUAUGGAUGCGUUUCUGAAGAGCUUGCCGCAUGAGCAUGCGGAGUACAUGGCCGUGCUGCAGCAGACGCAGGGCUUCAACGAGUUCAUCGGCGAGCGCGAGCGCGUGGACCCCAAGGCCAAGGACCCGCGCAUCGUGCUGUUCGACGAGAUCAUCCUGUCGAAGCGCAACCGCGGGCGGUCGUCGAUCUUCUCGGGCCGCAUGACCACCGACUUCCUGUCCGACACGUCCAACCACCUGUGGCGGUCGGCCAGCGCGUCGCCGUUCGCCGCCCAUGGCCGCCGCGAGAUCUCCGUCUCGGGCGACUGGAAGAGUAUUGUGACGAGAGUGCCGGCGAAGCUGGACCCGAAUUAUAUGAAAGAGCCGCGCAUGAUCCAGGGCGUGCCGCGCAUCCCGAAAGCGCCGGAUAAUUCGAAGCGCAAGCCCGUGCCGCGCAUCGGCGUGGUGGGUGUGGGCAUGGGCAUGGGGUGA